CACCUACAACCUUCCCACAGCGUCUGCCUAAGCGCCAAAAUGGACGGCAUAGCCUCCCUGCUCGAUACGGCUCGGUGUACUCUGAUCACCGCCAGAUUCAACUGUGGAUUUGGGUGACAGACCGCCACUCCCGUCAGUGCGAAACACAGCAUUUGUAUCACCUCCAACCACCUCUCCCCGCAUACCAACAACCAGAACAUUGUUUUCGAGUCUCGCUCGAGGACAUGGCAUUUUCCGGACUGACCCCCGAAGCCCUACUCGAACGAUCCGACUCGAAGAACCCUGCUACGACCUGCAAGGGAAUCACCAAACUCGGCCGGCCAUGCCGCAAUCCCCUCAGAAUUGAUCCUGCGAAAGCGGCGAGACACAAUGGGGUUCUUGCUGUGGCCUCGGUUGCGAGUGAUAGCGACGAUGAAGAGAUUGGGGUAGCCGCUUUCUUCUGUCAUAAACAUAAGGACCAAGCGGAACUAUUAACAACCGGAAACGCGCCCUCCCCAACACCGAACAAGCAAGAUACACAUAUAUACCCGCUGCAAAAUAGGAGUAGCAUUGAUACGCUCGUGGCACGCUUGGGGAUCUUAGAUGUUCAAGAUAAUGCACACUCCACUCCUGGGAACAGAAAGCAGAGAAAGAAUGAGGAUGGUACAAAGGCUCGGCGCCGGAGGGUGAACAGACCACCGACCUGGGACCGCGUUCAAGGACCACUAAUGGAAGUUCCGCGCGAUGUCAUGAAACGAAGGCAACCCCAGCAUCGGCGCCAGAGGAAGAAGCCUGGAUUCUGGGCUAGUCUCUGUUGCGGCACCGCAGACAAUGAGUAUGGACCCAGUGCCGGUGAAAGGCACUCCCACUCCCAAAGGACGGUAUCGGAGACCUCGACUCUUCUAUCUUACAUACCAAAGACUUUGCCGCCUCAGACAGCCUCUUUGCUUCUUGCCGAACUUGCAAAGCCAAUCUUUACGGACGAUGACGACGGGUAUAUCUACAUAUUUUGGCUUACCCCUGAGUCUGCAGGCCCGCCUCCGUCUUCCACAGCGUCAAGCCUCUUAGCUCCACCAUCUCGCUCUGAACACGGUCGACGGACUUCUGACGUAUUGCGACAAUACUCUGUAAAGAGACCACAAUCCGCUGGCAAAACCCAGGGGCGAAGGAGAUCAGCAGCGCCUGAAGGCAUGGAGGAUGGGAACGCGACGAUCCUGCUCAAGAUAGGCAGAGCAAACAAUGUGCACAGGCGAAUGCACGAGUGGACGCGUCAGUGCGGCUACAGUCUCUCUCUGGUCCGAUUCUACCCAUACGUCCCUUCUACUCCGUCGCCUUCAUCCCUUCAUACCCCACAAGCUCCCGGUCAAACUCAACGGCCCUCCGAUGGGAUGCGUCGUGCGUCUUCUGGUGUGCGCAAAGUGCCCCAUGUCCGCCGUGUGGAGCGGCUCAUUCAUCUCGAGCUAGCGGCGCAAAGGGUCCUUAAGCAGUGUGAGACUUGCGGGACAGAGCAUCGAGAAUGGUUCGAGGUGGAUGCAACAAGGGAAGGCGUGAAGGCAGUUGACGAGGUUGUCAAGCGAUGGGUGGGAUGGGCUGAGAGGGCGUGCAUCGCAAAGGCGGUUUAA